AUGGACGCUCAACUUCACAAAGCCUUGAGUGUCAGUGAGAGGUUUGAUCCUUCCGUCAUCAUUAUAUUGCUUGGGCCGAGCCGUGAAUGGAACUCCAAUGGAAAAGCCACCAAUUUGCUCAAGAUAAUACAACUCAUGAUCCAUUGGCAUGACCCAAAAUUGCUGGGUGGAAUUCUUAGGAGCAGGGUAAACAGUUUCAACGAUGGCCUUGCAUCCCUGAAUCUUGUGAAUAAUUCCAAUGAUCUUGUACCGGCAACUAAUAAAAACACUGCCCAUGAGACCCUUGUUCAUAUUGUGGCAAUUUUCAUUGACCACCCAAACACCCACACAACCCUCAGCUCAUGGAUUCCAACAGCACCAUACUUGUCCACAUACACCAAAGUCUCCUUCCCACACACUUUUACUGCACAGGUUGAACCGCUCUGUCCGCCCAAGAUGGUAUGGACGCUAUCAAUACCAUCAGGCCAUAGGACCGGGUUCGUGUGA